AGCAGUCGCGUGGUGCGCGUCAGGGCGGGCGCAGACGAGCUCUUCUGGCCACUGCAGCUGGACUCUGACCUCCUCAACACCAUCGCCCAGCACUUCCCCAGCUGGUUCAUGGAUUGUAAGGAACAGCUGCUGAGCGCCAUGAGCAGCAGCAGCAGCAGUGGUGGGGGGAAGGGGAGUAGCGAGGGGGCUUUUAUCCCCCUGUCCCCUCCAAAAUGUGAGGUGGACGACUCCCCACUACAUGGAAAAGUCCUCAAUAAAAACAAGGAGUCGCUGAAGGUGAAGCUCAUGCUACGGCGUCCUCGGGAAGACCUGGUCAGCAGAGGCGUCAUACCACCGAUGAACACUCCCGCCGCGUUCUACGAGCAGCGGCAGCGGCUGGACAUGGCCAAGAAGCACGACAUCCUCAAGCAUAAGAUGCAGAAGCGACCUGACCGUGAGGAGCUCGUGCGCCAGCAUAUUCUCGAAGAUUCCCCUGGUAACAUCGACAGGUCGCUGGUAGAGAAGCAAAAGCAGCUGAAGCGAGCUCGUAUCGCGGAUACCAUCAGCGACCACCUCUGCCAACGGCCUGGUCCUUUGGAGCUUGUCAAGGCGAACAUCCUGCAUACUGAUCAUGAGGUCGAGAAAGCUGUCAAAGAAGGACAGUUGACGUUCAAGGCAACUUGUGAAGGAGAACCUCGCAAGCAUCCAAGCCUUUACCUUGACAUUGGGGGAGACGAGUCUAGCAGUGAAGGCAACAUGUCUCCAGAGUCUGCCAGCAACUCAAGACAACCUGGCAGUGAAGGUAACACGUCGCCAGGGUCUGUCAGUCACACAAGAUCGCCUGGCAACGAAAGCAGCACAUCACAUGAACAGAUUACCUCUGGGGACAUGAGCAGCACUGCUGCUGUGCUGGUGCAGCAUGUGCUGAGACCUGGCAAUGUGCUCCAGGGACCACUUAAGAGCGUGCCUGUACAGCUGCAGCUGGAUAGCAGUUGUAAAUCACUACCGGCACCGACAGGAGCUCUAACCAUCGUCAGCUCGUCAGGAGUAUUGCUGCCGAGCCCAGCGUUACUCAUCAACAGAUCUGUCACAUCACUGAUCGCCACUCUUGCGCCUUCGUCUUCUACAUUAACUUCCUCGUCAUCUUCAUCAAUUCCUACUUUGUGCACGCCUCUUUUUAGCAAAAACGACAUUCUUGUGGCUGCCUCUUCUCUAUCCGCGUCCUCGACGUCUUCCAUGUCUCCUCAUUCUUCACUCACCUCACCAAUUGCGGUCACUUCAGUUCUCCCUGACUCAUCUUUAGCUACCGGAAUCGGUGUCGUUCCAGGGACGACAUCAAUCAGUUUAGCUUCUUCUUCCGCUUUGCCAACAACGCUGUUGCUACCUCGAACGCUACCGGCGUCGCUACAAACGCCUCCGCUGCAGAGCUGCGCUCCAGGCAAAGACAAUGCCAAGUACAACCGCAAAAAGAGCAAGUGCAGAAGUGCUCCUAAAGCGCGGACCAUCAAAUUCCACGAGUAUAAGGGCCCUCCUGGCGCUGUUAAGAGGGGCGACCAGAGCUCCUCCGCUGAGACCUCCUACGACAUCCUCCUGCAGCAGCAGCAGCUCUUCCUGCAGUGCCAGCUGCAGCUCAAGCAGAAGUACCCACAGAUGAUUUUACCGGCGCGACUGAAGCCAUCUUCGUCACCGUCAUCGUCCAGCUCGCCGUCGUCCUCCUAUUAUUCCCCUUCUCCUUGUUCCUCUUCUGUUUCUGACGUGAAACUCUCCAAUUCCCUCGCCUCCAUUUCCCCUUCCCAAACUUUCUGGUCUUCCACGGCAAAGUCCCCUUCUUCCACACCGGUUCCCCUUGCUCCUGCACCGCCACCCCCGCCCCCUCCUCCGCCUCCCUCUAAGAUUUCCCCUCUUGGGGGGUCUAGAGUCCCACCUCCACCGCCUCUUCCUCCAGCCCCACGAAAUUCACCCCCAGGGCUUUCUAAACUUCAGGAUAUGAAAGUGUCGGAUCUCAAAACGCUGCUGAAGCAACACAGCCUCCCUGUUUCUGGGUCCAAGCCUCAGCUGCUGCUGCGGUUGCGGCAGCACGACUUCCUCCUCGACGAACGAGUCUUAACAAAUCCUGCCAGUGUACUUCAGUCAGCUCUUAUUAACUCCUCCAAGGAGAAAUCAAAUUACUCCAGUGGCUCCAGUACUCCAGUGAGAACUCAGGAGCAGGUUUCCAACGACAGCAGCCAACUUGGGAGUUCAAGCAAUGAAAGCAAUAACGAAAAUAAUAACAUGACCAGCAGCACUGCCGUACCAAAUAUAAUCGAUCCAAUGUUUAGAGACCCGAGUGAUCGGACGGAGCCGACGUUGUCCCCUGGUAGUCGACCUGCAAAUGUCGGCACAACUUUGUCGCUAUUGCCACUGUGUAACGGCAGUGUAGUUUUGACCAAAAUGGCACCGUCAAACGGCGAUGUCAGUAGCAUUGCAAUAGUAUCAGGACCAAAUGAAUUUCCGUCCAGAACCCAAACUCCUUUAUUAUCAGUGGGCCAAGUUCGCUCAACGCCUACAGUCAACUUUGCGAGUCCCGGCAUUUUGGCCCUCAGGACGCCCGCACCCAACGUCGUGCGUCUCGCCAGCGUUACUGAAUCCUCUCAGUCGAUGUCUUUAGCUCCCAGCCCAAGACCUACAAUUAGUCUUCCCGUUACUCCAGUUAGUUUCAGCAAUGUUCCUGUGAGCUCGGUGUUCACUUGUGUCUCCUCUGCAUCAUUUUCUUCAACAUCCAAAUCUGAUGUAGGGGUCGCAAGCAGCGAAAAAGGUUAUAGCCUUCAGUUAGGCAACGAUGGUAGCCGUGAAUCUAAUUCUGUGGAAGCUUCCACUGUUGCCACUUCAUCCACCGUAACUCUAAGUAAUAUUUUAUCUAGUGCCGUCAGCAGUAUUGCUGACAUUGAUGGUACCAACACUGCCAAUGAUAUCCUAAAUAGUUUUUUGAUAGACGAGAGCUCGUCUUCCUUGUCGUUGCUACCUUCGUUCGAAUGUCCUUCUGCGUCUCUACCUCUCACAUCACCAUCCUAUAAAGCCGACUCUUCAAUGAGCAAUUCUAGUAAUUUUAUUGAGACCGAAAUCAAUAAAACCAACUCCCUUGACAACGCUAGUACCAGAUAUAGCUUUAACGAAGGAGUGUGUGACAUAUCUCCUGCCAGCACUCCGGCUUCAGUGGGCGAAGUGUCGAACACUUUUCGAGAGCGUCAUUCACUUCCUGUCACUCCUGCUGCAAUGGAAGUAGAUCUGGAGCUUCUCGAACCAAGACAGUCUCCUUUCUCUCCGAUAUCCUCUGCCUCUACUAGAGAUUUUAUGGAGCAAAGCGAUUCCAUCAAUACUCCACCACAUACCAUUCAUGAUCCGUCUGAGACUCGACCCCCUCCUCCCCCACCUCCACCUCCUCCACGACCACCUCAGAGCAACGAAAAAGUGGGGCAUUUACAAAAACGUAUUCUUGACUUGCAAAUGGAGCUCAAGAAAGCCCAGCAACAGUUACGUCAGCAACAGUUCGGGGAUAUGCUUCAACAACGCCGAAAACCACAAACUGUUACGCAUGAGCCACGUCAAGAGUUAGGAUCUUCUCUACAGCCGCAACGACAGAUUGAAUCUUUAGAACCAAUUCAAAUGAUUACCUCGCAUCCAACACAAAUUAUUUUACCUAAGCCUGUGAUACAAAUGAUCACACAAGAACCAGAUGCGCAAAUAUCUCCACGAAAACCACGGCAGCAAGUAGUUUCACAAGUAGCGAUGCAGCAAAUGGUAUCCCAAGAACCAGGGCAGCGCAUAGUGUCACAUGAACCACGGCAGCAAAUGAUUCCACAAGAACGACGUCAUCAAAUAGUUUCACUAGAAUCCCGUCAAGACAUGAUUGCCCGGGGACCACGCCAGCAGAUUGUUUCGCAAGAAACAUUGCAGCAGUUGCUUUCUCAAGAACCGAUCCAGCAACUCGCAUCUGAAGAACCACAGCAAGAGUUAUCACAAGUUCCUCAAGCCCGCAUGCAGUCCCAUAACUCUCUUGGUGUGCCGCAUGACCCUAAAAGCAGCGAGAUCUUCGUGCUGCAUGUUGAUGGCGGUCAGCAGGCUAUGGAUCUGGGCAGUAAACAUGACACCGACGAGAUUUAUGACCCGUCACUUACGAGUUAUCCCUCGUUUUCGAUUGGGGCGGCCUGUCCAAACGAUACUUGGAGCAAUCAUACAAUAAGGAGCUCUGCGUCUGGAGUGUCGUCCCAAGUUUGUUCUGUGUCAACUGCUGCCGGACAUCAAAGAACAUCAUCCCUGCCAAAUUUCACUGAUGCUACGAACAUCAAUGGACCAAAAGAUGGGAUCUUCGUUGUGAACUCUCAUCAGUUGCCUUCCACUUCCAAGCAUUCUUCAGUCCAGCGAAGCGACUUAAGACGCCAUCGCCAACUGGCAGCUCCAGAUCGUUCUUCCGUUCACGCUGUCGCGGUGUCCAAUGUUUAUAACGUCCGAUCUUCAUCUUCAGCAAACUCCACGCCGUGGCCAGCAUCUAUAUCGAGCAACUCAACCCUGAGGCCCGCGUCUGUAGCGUGUAUGACCACUGCACUGCCGCACAAUGGCAGCGGUCAGCAACAGCAGCAGCAAUUGUUGCAUAAUAACCAAAGAUUAAAUGCCGCGCUGCAACCCGUAGAUACUUAUAUUAAUUCGUCCAAAUUCAUUUCUCAAAACGAUGCCAGCAACAGCAGACAGGGUGUGGGUUCACAGUCGCAACUUUGCAGGGAAUCUUUAAAUUUCUCUAGCCAUCAGUUCGACGAUGUACUUCGAAUUCUUGUUAAAAACGGAGAGCUGCCAGCGAGUGUGGUGGACGAUACGAGCCUCGACAUAUCGACCAUAUCGCGGCUCACGGUCCCUUCGUCAAGACCUCCCCCACCCCCGCCUCCACCACCGCCUUCUUAUGCCACCGUUCAGACUCGUCUUCCGCCCCCUCCACCACCGCCACCUCCUUAUUCAUCGGCGUCUUCCAUGGUUCCUAUCUCUUGUUCCUACGCUUGCUUACCACCGCCACCUCCUUAUUCUUCUUUGCCUUCAAUUCCUCCUCCACCGCCUCUACCGCCUUCAAGAUCUACUUUAAAUGUAGGUUUAUUAAACCAGUCGCAGUCUCACCAGUCACUGCCUUCUCCUUCCUUAUUUGCUGAUCUCAUCAUGGAAGGCAGUUCAACGCCAGGUUUGUGUUUAGACCUGGACUUGGACCUUCCGGGGCUCGAAAGUAUGGAACUCGGUGAACCUCCUGAAUUGGAACCCAUGUGCAACGAUCGAAUGAAUUUGCCUGCUUCUUCAUGUGACCAAACUGAGCAUAACUCGGUCCACCAUCAUCAGUUGUCCUCAUUGAAUGACGGAUGUUCUUCUCAGAUGGAUAUAAGUGACGAUGUCGACACGUGGCUCGACAGCCUCGUGCCGGCUGCUGUCAAUUCCUGGAGACAGUUGAACAGUGAUUCUGAUUGCUCCUCUCUUUUUCAGUCUGACUCUUCCAUGGCUAAUGGUAGUAUAGAAAAUUACAAUACUCAAAAUGGAAACUUGAGCCUCCAAAACUCUAUGCCUCUUCGCAGAAACUCUACCGAGAGAAGAAGAGACAAUCGCAGCGAUCCUCUCCUUGGGAGCAAUCCGGACUCUCUCCUUGGCAGCACAGUGGAUUUGCUGCUAGAUAGCAAUCCAGAUCCUAUGUUAGGUAGUAGUUCAGAAGGCCUAGACUGGUCUAGCCUAGAAGAAUUUGAAUUGAAGGGUCAUGAUCAUCACAAUCAUCAGAGUGAUCGACCUCAUCUGAGCGACGCGCUGCGAAUUGUCCAGCAUUAUUACACUACAUGACCCCAUCCUCUUCGAGUAUCCGUGUGGGCUAUUUUGGGGCUUCUUCUAACAUGAAACAAAGGAAAUAAUAUAAUUAUCAGUUGUGAUUCAUACGUUUACAGGAAAAUGUAUAAUCUACGUUAUCAAGUGCACUAUCACUCUAGAUACAGCAACUAUCAGUGCAAAUCAAAACGUUUUUCCUCCUCUAAAUGUUUGAGUAGAAAAUAUCUUUGCAGAAGUACAGAAUUCAUAGAAUUGUUGUGAUAUGGACAUGAGUUUUAGAGCGUCUCAUGUCAUCAAAUAGUUUCACUAGAAUCCCGUCAAGACAUGAUUGCCCGGGGAUUGCCACCAGUGGCCGCUGAAAU